AUGGCUUGGAGUUAUGUCAAAAUGUCAAUGUUCGGGACUGCCGCAGCACACUCCAACGAUGAUGAGGUCAUAGCUGCUGUGGCCGUCCUCACCCAGACACAAGAAAAACGCCGCUGGGGAGGGUCGGUCCCAGGCCACAAGACUUACAAGCGUGCUCGACUUGCAGCAGAAUGGCAGCUGAAGCAGGACUACUUCAUUGAACGUCCAAUAUACAAUGAGGAGCAUUUCAGAAGGAGGUACAAUCUUUGGCCCAGUUUCGAUUUCCAUGAUCAAAUGGAUUAA